AUGACAACUCUACCUUCAUUCACGGUCACGAAAGGACCCAUUACCAUUGAAGCACUCGACCACGGUAGUGGCCCUGUCAUCGUUAUUCUUCCCUCGCUAGCCCGUGGCGCAAACGACUAUGAUGUUGUUACUCAUUUCCUUGUCGAGGCUGGCUACCGAGUUGUUCGUCCCCAGCCUCGUGGCAUCGGCAAGAGCAGUGGACCAAUGGAGAAACUGACUCUGCAUGACUUUGCCGCCGACGUUGCCAUGGUCCUCGACCACAUCAAGUGUGGCCCAUCUGUUAUUGUCGGCCAUGCCUGGGGUAGUCAGCCAGCACGCAUGUUAGCCGCAAAUCGUCCAGACCUUGUCCGUGGUGUUGUUAUGGCAGCCGCCUCCGCAGGCAAACUCCCUCCCGGAUCGACCGAGAAGCCUUUCAGUCGGCUACGUACGGAGAUUGAUGGCUCUGGCGAUAUGUCCCUACCGGAAUCCAAGCGCCUUGAGUAUUUGCAAGCGGCCUUUUUCGGGCCCGAGGGCAACCCACGUCUGUGGCUGGAUGGGUGGAGCGAAGCAGCUCACAAGGCACAGGCACAUGCUCGCAUUUACACGCCUGUUGAUGAGUACUUUUCUGCAGGAGAGACUGUUCCAAUUCUGGAUUUACAGGCUGAGCAUGACGCAGUUGUCGUGAAGGAUGUUAUGAAACCGUGCCUCGGUGAUCGUGUCACGGUGCAGGUCAUCAAGAAUGCUGGCCACGCUAUGGCGCCAGAGCAACCAGAGGCAAUGGCUAAUGCCAUAAUCAAUUUUACCAAGAGCCUCUAG